GGAGUAAGGUAAAGUGAGGAACGUGGUGUGUGUCUAACUUACUCUUGCAACCAAAGAUAGAGAGCAAAAGCUUUGGUCGAACGUUGUUGCACACAUCGAGCUGUAGUAUUUAUCCAGCAAUGUAUUUACUGUGAGCGGAAAUUAGUAUAGAAACCAGUCGAACUAGUCUCAAGACUUGGUACAACCAACCAAGCUAGCCAUCGAGGGCAUUGUUUAAUAAAUUUUUAUCAUUCGAGAAGAAUCUUUCAACAAGAAUCUCUUCAAAAAAUCAAAUAAUUUUUUACUAUUUUUAUCCUUUUUUUAAAUACCAUUAAACUGUUAAUAUCAACAUUAUUUUUUUUAUCAAAGUUAUGUUUAUUAUAAACUAAACAUUCAAACAAAAAUCUCUAAAUGAGAUAAGAAAUAAAAAUUUCUAUUUAGUGAUCUAUAUGUGAGUAAUGGAAAACAUAAAUUUGUGGUGUUAGAAAUUUUAAUUUUUACUAUCAAAUUUCGAAAUAAUGAAGUGACAAUUUCUAGUGUAAUUAUUAUAAUUAAUUUUUUUUUUUUUAAUUAUUCAUCUUUAAUACAUUGUUAACGUCUAAAAAUUUUUGGAUUUACAUCAUGACUGGAAUAAUAUUAUUCAAGACAUCGUGAUGCUGAGAAGCUAUAAAUUAAUAUCCAGGCUGUUGACAGUCUGCCUGGUAUUAUUAUUAAUAUGUCAAUAUACAAAUCAACAUCCAAUAUGUAAACCAAGUCAUGAAUAUUGGUCAUCAGAAUUAUCAUCAUGUAUUAAUUGUACAAAAUGUGCACCUGAAUUUACAAUAAGUCCAUGUGCUAUUGAUAAAAAUUCAGUAUGUGGACCAUUAUCAGCACUGGAACUUGACUGGUCAUUUUUAAAAAAUCGUAGAAAAACAAAUAAUAUUAAUUUACAAUUAAAUGAUGAUAAUAAUCAUCCAGAGAGUCUUAAAAAAAAUUAUAAUGAUAAUUUAAGUCAUAGUAGUAUUAAUAAUGAUUAUAGUCAAUUUGAUGAUUUACAAAAACUUCAAAUAUUACCGGAAGUACCAAAUGACCGUCAAAUUGACGAUUCAUAUUAUUUGCCAUGGGAUUGGCAAACAAGUGUUUUAGUACUUGCUGUUAUUGCUUGCAUUAUAUUUUUUAUGGUUGCCGGAUGUUCAGCAUUGAUAUAUGUACGUCAAUGGCGUCAAAUGAAACGAAAUUUUGAGCCAGCUGGUCUUGAGGAGAUAUCAGCUCGACUGAAUUUAAUGGUCAAAGCUGAACUUGCUGAGUUGAGUGCUGGUGCACCAAUGAGUCCUGGUGACCCUGAGACAAGGUGCCAAUAUCUUGAAAAAUUAUUAGACAGGAAACGAGAGACACCCGUGUUAGCUGGAUGGCCGGAAACAGGGGGAAACCUGUAUAUUGAAGCGGGAGAAACACCCAAGACAUCAAGAAAUAAACGAGCACAGAUUGCUCAAAUUCAUCGUAAUAUUGAGAGUAUUCUCAGUCACAAAAAUAUUCAAGAAUAAAUAAAAUAAUAAUUAUAUUAUAUUUUUAAAUUUUAUAUCAUAAUUAUUAAUUAAUUAAUUAACAAGAAAUUAUAU